AUGGAAUCAACAAUUACUAAUAACUCUAAUCAAAUUAUACCAUCUGCCGCCGAGCCCUUAAAACCAUAUUCAGUUUCAAAAAAUAGCAUAUAUGACCCUGAUGAGCAGUAUAGACUAACACAAUCUAGGAUCUUGUCACUGCAAGAAACCAUUCUGGAUUCAACAAGGGAUGCUCAACUUCAAAAUAGAUCUUCGCCUGAACAGCCAGUAGAAAGAUUGUCUAGUGUUGAAAAUAAAAAUGUUAUAGUGGAUUCAAGUAAUGUACUAAAUUUUACCAAAAAUAUAUAUAAGAAAACACCUAGAAUUAUGAAGUAUAUAUAUUAUAAUCCUUAUGGAUAUAGUAAGAUGGAUGAAUAUAACAGUUGGGUGGGUAAAGAGAGAAAUAAUAAUAUCAUUCUGGAGAAUAAAUUAAAUGAAGUGCUGGAGGAUUUCCCUCCAUUUUUACCUAGUUUAAGUGCAGAUUACAUUAAUAAAAUCAUAUCGGUUUAUAUUCCUGCACAAGUUGUGUGUCAAUUUAUUAAUCGCAUGGAAUCAAACAAGAGAUGGAGGAAUAGUGAAAUUUGGGGAACAGACGUUUAUACAGAUGAUUCUGAUAUUCUAUUGGUUUUAUCACACCUAGGUGUAUUCCAGAAUAAAGAAAUUGGCAAUAAAAUGAGGAAUUAUGAAACCUCUAUACGACCAGCAGUGCCUGUUCAAAGAAGAACACCCGUUAAUUUAAAUAAUAUGGAUAAUGUUGUGGGCACUUGGGACUUAAAACAUUCAGAACAAACUGAUUUGAUUGUUAAUAUUUUAAUUCUAGAUACUCUAGUGGGAUAUCAGGGUUCAAAAAGAUUUGGUUUAAGGUCGAGAGAUUGGUUCGGUGCUGAGGAACAUGACGGACUAAGUUAUGGUGUUCAUUCUAUUGAGUUUAGAAAAAGAAGCGAUUUUGUAACAAUAUCCAGUUGGGUUUGA